UUUGUCAUGUGAUGGAAAGCAGUUGUAAGACAGGUGCCCUCGGUUCAUUCUCGGCGAGGGGCAGCAGUUGCCUGUGUGCGAGCGAGUGGGAAGCGUGUGUGGAUUUCUUUUUUACUUGAUUUGCUUCUUUUUUUUUCUUUUCUUUUUUUUUUCCUUUUUUUCCCCUCGGACCGUCAUUCAGUGUCUGGAUGGCGUGGGACAGGUGUAACCAAGACUCGGUGUGGACAGAAUUAGAGUGUGCUGCCUUGGUUGGUGAAGAUCAGCCCCUCUGCCCGGACCUCCCUGAACUUGACCUCUCAGAGCUGGACGUCAGUGAUUUAGAUGCAGACAGCUUCCUGGGCGGCCUCAAAUGGUACAGUGACCAAUCAGAGAUCGUUUCCACUCAGUAUGGGAAUGAAGCAUCGAAUCUUUUUGAGAAGAUAGAUGAAGAAAAUGAGGCCAACUUGCUGGCAGUGCUCACAGAGACCCUGGACAGCAUCCCGGUGGAUGAGGACGGAUUGCCUUCAUUUGAGGCCCUGGCAGAUGGGGACGUGACCAAUGCCAGUGAUCGGAGCUGUCCCUCCUCUCCCGACGGCUCGCCACGCACCCCGGAGCCCGAGGAGCCUUCCUUGCUGAAGAAGCUCCUUCUGGCACCUGCAAACUCCCAGCUCAGCUAUAAUCAAUACACAGGUGGCAAGGCACAGAACCAUGCAGCCAGCAGCAACCAUCGGAUCAGACCACCACCUGCCGUCGUCAAGACGGAGAGCCCCUGGAAUGGCAAGGCAAGAGGGGGCUCCAGCCAACAGAACCGCCCGGUGAGGCGGCCUUGCACUGAGCUGCUAAAAUACCUAACAGCCACUGAUGACAUCCUACUCCACACCAAAGGCAGUGAACCUAAGAGCGCCUGGGGAGGUGCUAGUAGCAAAGACAAGAGCGGAUUGGGUCUUGGUGCCUCUUCGUCCUCCUCAUCGCCAUCUUCAUCCUCCACCUCCUCGUUCUCCUCCCUGUCGUCUAUAUCCUCCUCCUCCUCCUCCACCACCACCACAAAGAAGAAGUCAGCUCUGCCAUCUCAGCAGCCACUGCAGCAGCAUCACCAGCGAGCCAAACCAACCACCUUGCCACUUCCUUUGACCCCAGAGUCUCCAAAUGACUACAAGGGAUCACCUUUUGAGAACAAAACCAUUGAACGCACAUUAAGUGUGGAGAUUGCUGGAACCCCAGGUCUGACACCACCAACCACGCCCCCACACAAAGCCAGUCAAGAGAAUCCUUUCAAAGCAUCUCUCAAAACCAAGUUGUCCUCAUGUUCCUCCUCGGCCUUGACAUGCAAAAGAAGCAGGUUGAGUGAGUUAGGCGCCUGCGUUGUGGCCCUGGCCCCGGGUGCCUCAGCUGGGGGCCCCGCCAGGAAGGGUCCCGAACAGACUGAGCUUUACGCGCAGCUGAGCAAAGCGUCCACCGCCCUCCCUUACACUAUUGCUCCAUAUGCAGUAGGGGGCGGCCUUGAGGAGCACCGCAGCCCUGGCAACAACAAGCGGGCCUGUCCCCGCGGCCACAGUGACCAUGAUUAUUGCCAGGCAUCAGCUCGUUCCAAGGCGGCAGGGGGCACAGCCACUGUGACCACAGUGGAAAUGACAUUUACCCCACGUGCUUCUGAUGCCUCAAUGCCCAGUUCUGGCAAAGUAGAGAACGGGCGUCUGGAAUGUAAGGACUCGGCCAUGCCAGCACCCUUUUCACCACCAUCUUUUUCUCCAUCUUCAGCUUCACCUGGCCCUUUGACUAAGGAGCAGACUCCAGUGUCUCUGGAAGCAGAAGCAGGUCAUUGCAGGGGCUCGGGGGAGCAAACCCUCACACAAGCCAGUCCUAUCCCCGCAUUCGGGGCCGCCUCCAUGAGGGACCAACCACAACUCUGUGCCACGAGCCGGAAGCCCCUGUGCGACCAGGAAAUCAGAGCAGAGCUCAACAAGCACUUUGGCCACCACCCACAAGCCGUCCACAGCCAGGGUGGCCAGGAAAAAGAGGCGAACUGCAAACGGAACAAGGCUACAGCCCCUCAGCCUGCUGUGGCGGGAGAAAAUGACUAUUACUCCCAGAAGCUGCUUGGCUCCAGCUACCUGCACACAGGGUUUCUGCCUUUCCAUGAUGAGAUAGAGCUGGGCGAGGGCCGUGACAGUCGCUUUGUCUACCCUUGGGAGGGAACCCCUCUGGACCUACUCUUUGACUGCUCUCCCAGCUCUCCCUCCUGUUCCCCACCAUCCAGCUGCUCCCCCUCCCGAGGCUCCCUCUCCCCGCCUUCCUCCCUUCUCCUGUCACCCAAUAGACCUUUCUGCUGGACCACCAGCGGAUCCCGCUCCCGCUCCCGUUCCCACUCCGGCUCCCGCAGCUCGUCAUCACGGUAUCGCCGGCGCUCCCUGUCCAGCUCCCCUGAUAGACGCCCCCCCUCCUGGUCGCGUCACAGCACAGAUUUGAAUGUUUCUCGCUCCAGAACCCACAAGAGUCCCCGCCCCCAGUCACGCUCUCCUCUCAGCCGCAGGCCAAGGUAUGACAGCUAUGAGGAGUACCAGCAUGAGAGGCUGAAGAGGGAGGAGUACCGCCUGGAUUACGAGAAGCGGGAGUUUGAAAGGGCUGAGCAGAGAGAAAAGCAACGGCAAAAAGCCAUAGAGGAGAGGAGGGUGGUGUAUGUGGGGCGACUGAGGUCCGACUGCACCCGGACCGAGUUGAAGCGCCGCUUUGAAGUCUUCGGAGAAAUUGAAGAAUGUGCAGUGAACUUGAGGGAUGAUGGGGACAAUUUUGGCUUCAUCACCUACCGCUAUACUUGUGACGCCUUUGCCGCCCUUGAGAACGGACACACCUUACGCAGGCCAAACGAUCCUCAGUUCGAGCUGUGCUUCGGUGGACAAAAGCAGUUCUGCAAAUCACAUUACACAGACUUGGACUCCCAUACGGAUGACUUUGAUCCAGCCUCCACGAAAAGCAAGUAUGACUCCAUGGAUUUUGACAGUUUGCUGAGGGAGGCUCAGUGCAGCCUGCGAAGGUAGUAACCAGUCGAGUGGCGUCUGCUGUCUGUCGCAAAGAGGGACUCUGUAUACCUCACUCUUGUUUCUCGCUCCUUUGAUGAUGAGACGAGACUACCAGAAGUUCUACGCUCUGUCAUAGAGUAUGUAAGAAUAAGUCUAUAGACCUAUAUCAUUAUAAAUGAAUAUAUUGAAAAUGAAGUUUACAUGAACAUAGCUGCUCAAGAGCUGCAAAGGGACAUCUCAUUCUGGGAGAGCCAGUGGAACCUGAAAACAUGGUGCACGGGGUUUGAUGCACUCUACUGCUGUAGAACCACCAGUGAAA